GGCGGAGGAACAGGGAUGACAGGGAGGAAUGGGCGCAAAAGCGCUCCCACCAUCCCGCGGACCUAGAAGAAGCACUGACGCCCUUGGAGACGGGCGGUUCCUGCACGCUGUAAGGGGGCGGCGGAAGAGAAGAACCGUCGCUGCUUUUUUGCGGCCGCCCCUCCCCUCGGAGCGGCGAUGGUAGCGCCCCAGCCCGGCUCCCGGAAGAGACGGCGCCCCGAAGCCACUGCACUUCAGCACUUCCGCUUUCCGGCCUAGCCAGCACCAGCCAUGACUGCCACUCUCCGCCCCUACCUGAGCGCCGUGCGGGCCACGCUGCAGGCCGCGCUCUGCCUGGAGAACUUCUCCUCCCAGGUGGUGGAGAGGCACAACAAGCCCGAGGUGGAAGUCAGGAGUAGCAAAGAACUCCUCUUGCAACCCGUGACCAUCAGCAGGAAUGAGAAGGAAAAGGUUCUGAUUGAGGGUUCCAUCAAUUCUGUUCGAGUCAGCAUUGCUGUCAAACAGGCUGAUGAGAUUGAGAAGAUCCUUUGCCACAAAUUUAUGCGAUUCAUGAUGAUGAGAGCAGAGAACUUCUUCAUCUUGCGUAGGAAGCCUGUGGAGGGUUAUGAUAUCAGUUUCCUGAUUACAAACUUCCACACAGAACAAAUGUACAAACACAAACUGGUGGAUUUUGUCAUCCACUUCAUGGAGGAAAUUGAUAAGGAAAUCAGUGAAAUGAAGCUGUCUGUCAAUGCUCGUGCUCGUAUUGUGGCAGAGGAGUUCCUCAAGAAUUUUUAGAGCAUCUGACUGGAUCUCUGGCUGCUCUCUCCUCUCUGCAAAGCUUCCCCGGCCAGCUCGGAAGACCCUAGGGCAAGGGGAGGGAUGGGGCUUGGGGAUACUGGGCACUGCUGGAGAGCUUGCUAUUGCAAAGAAAACCGCAGUAGAUCUGCAAGGCCACACCCAGUGGGUCAGCCUGGCCAUCUAUGUUCAGUCCCCUGGGCUGGGACAAGUUUUUUUAAUGUCUUUAAAUUUAAAACUCUGUGCUUGUAGGACACUGUAACCUUUUGUCUUUUUUUAAACCAGCGUAACCACCUCCAGUUGCUUUACUGGUCGCUGUGGGUCUGGGCGGGCCUGGAACCAAAAGGUGACUGUGGCCUUCCCCACCAUUCCCCCUCUCCCUUCCAGAUGUGCAGGGAAGAGAGACUUCAGACUCCACUCAUUUCUUUACCUUUCCCCCCAAGGGGCUGCUUCUUUGGCUUUCUGAGAGCUGAGAGGCUGUCUUAAGAUGGCUUGAGAUGGGAGAGAAGUGUACAGAGGCAGGCCCCAUUGUGCCUCUGUGCCUCGGAGCCCUCAGUGGCUCGGUCCUCUAGCAGAGAGGGCUCCUGCGUCAUCCUUCUGGAAGGGAGAGCAGCCUGUUUAGACCUGCUUCCGGGGGUCUGUUGCUUCCCAUGCUAGAGGCAGCACAUCCUUCCCCAGUAGUUGCCCCUGCCAAUCAGUACACCCGCCCCCUCUGCCCUCAUUCUUCUGCUUUUGCACUCGAUGUGACUUUUCUUAACUUGGUGACCUCACACCCCAUUAAAAUCUUUUCCUGCCCUCCUAGGGGCUGCAUGA